CGCCGGGGCCAGCGGCCCCGCGCUCGGCCCGCCCGCGGCCGGCCCGAGCGAGCCGGACGAAGUGGACAAGUUCAAGGCCAAGUUCCUGACGGCCUGGAACAACGUCAAGUACGGUUGGGCAGUUAAAAGCCGGACCAGCUUUAGCAAGAUCUCCAGCAUCCACCUCUGUGGCCGCCGCUACCGUUUUGAGGGCGAGGGUGACAUCCAGCGUUUCCAGCGGGACUUCCUGUCCCGCUUGUGGCUUACAUACCGCCGAGACUUCCCGCCCCUCCCUGGGGGCGGCCUGACCUCUGACUGUGGCUGGGGAUGCAUGUUACGCAGCGGCCAGAUGAUGCUGGCCCAGGGCUUGAUGCUGCAUUUCCUGCCCAGAGACUGGACGUGGGCUGAGGGCACGGGUCUGGGCCCUCCUGAGCUGUCGGGCCCGGCCUCUCCCAGCCGGUACCGUGGGCCUGCCCGCUGGAUGCCCCCACGUUGGGCCCAGGGUGCCCCUGAGCUGGAGCAGGAACGCCGGCACCGGCAGAUCGUGUCCUGGUUCGCUGACCACCCCCGGGCCCCCUUCGGUCUCCACCGGCUGGUGGAGCUUGGACAGAGCUCGGGCAAGAAGGCCGGUGACUGGUACGGGCCAUCGCUGGUGGCACACAUCCUCAGGAAAGCUGUGGAGAGCUGCUCCGAAGUCACGCGCCUGGUGGUGUAUGUUUCUCAGGACUGCACAGUGUACAAGGCGGAUGUGGCACGCCUUGUAGCCAGGCCGGACCCCACAGCCGAGUGGAAGUCUGUGGUCAUCCUGGUGCCCGUGCGGCUGGGUGGCGAGACUCUUAACCCUGUGUACGUGCCCUGCGUGAAGGAGCUCCUGCGCUGCGAGCUGUGCCUGGGCAUCAUAGGCGGCAAGCCACGCCACUCGCUGUACUUCAUCGGCUAUCAGGAUGAUUUCUUGCUCUACCUGGAUCCCCACUACUGCCAGCCCACUGUGGACGCCUCUGAGUCUCUCGUGUCCACCCAGUCCUUCCACUGCACCUCACCCCGCAAGAUGGCCUUUGCCAAGAUGGACCCGAGCUGUACCGUGGGGUUCUACGCUGGAGACAGGAAGGAGUUUGAGACCCUCUGUUCGGAGCUGACCAGGGUCUUCAGCUCCUCCUCAGCCACAGAGCGGUACCCCAUGUUCACCCUGGCCGAGGGCCACGCUCAGGACCAUGGCCUGGAGGACCUGUGCUCCCAGCUGUCCCAGCCAACGUUGCGGCUCCCUGGAUCGGGCCGACUCCUCAAGGCCAAGCGCCCCAGCUCCGAAGACUUUGUGUUUUUAUAAAAGGAGGGGAUGGGAGAAAGAUCACUAUUUAUUUUUUUAUUUAUGUCGUGUCUGGUGUGGGAGCUUGAAUUCAGCAGUGAUGGGAUUUCCUGUCUCCCCCUCAGCAAGCCCAGCUGUAACCUGUCUCAGACACCCUGGUCUGCCGCCACUCAGGGGCAGGCAGGGAGGACCCCCACGCACUCACUCAGGGCCUGACUCAAGUACUGUAGUUUGCACUGGAUCGCCUGGGCCCCUCCUUGGUCCCCAAACCCCUGUCCUGGGAGUACUGUGGCCACUGGAGGUGAAUAAAGCUGUCUUGACUGUG